CGAACCCGACGAGGAAUCGAGCGAGAGCUCGAUAGGGGUCGACGUGAACCGCUUCGCAGGGGUGAUGGUGGAGAAGCACGUGGCCAAGGCUGCGGAGCUGCCUGCGGGCCUGCGCGACGAUGCGCGCUGUGGCGUCGAGAGCGCAGGAUCGUCGGGCGGCGGCAUCGCCACCAAGGAGAUCGUCGGCACGAGGGAGGAUACACAAUGGGGGGACCUGAUGGACGAGGAGGCGAUCCAUUUCGCGGGGGUCCACGUUGAGGUGAGCGUAGCCUGGCCGCGGACGCUGCACGAGGACCCGCUGGCGGUGGCUGGCAGGCUCAUCGCGGAGCACGAGGCGGCCGCCAGGGCGAACGGAGCCAAAGCCGAAAGCAAGGGCAGGGGCGGCAGGGUCGGCGAGGGAGGCUGCGGAGGCCGCGGCCCGCGCUGGGCUGAGGCGGGAGCCAGCUGGCUUGCGCGGCGGGACGGCUGGAUGUGAUGCGAGCUGAGCGGCGCGCGCGAGCGCCCAUUAGACGCGCGUUGCUCUGCCUCGUGGGACCGCGGUGGGCGGCCCGCGAGGCACCGUCCAAGAACGUCC